AUGGCUUUACGAUUUUCGACACCAACCUCAAAAAUCAUUCCAUCUUUUUCCAAAGUCCUCAAAGAGCUAUUCCACAUCUUCACUAAUGCUUAUUUAGUAUUUGACAUUAAGAGUGCAAAUAAAAGAGAAUCUAUCAAACCUCGAAGUUCAGCGAACAACUCAUCGUAG